AUGGCACAACAAGUAAUUGCUAACGCUGCCUCUUCAACGCAGGCGAAACUACCGGCCAUUUCAUUAGCGUCGUCAUCUUUUUGGUGCCAAACGAAAGGUGAAGUUGAGGAAUUGGAUUUUGAAUGGACAAUUGAACGAUUGGCCUUUCUUGUUGAUGGUGGAAUAUGGGAAACGUUGAAAUCGGCCGAUUUUUUAAACUUCAGUCUGAGUCUCAAUUCGGAUACGCAUUCCCAUGUAGAAGUAAAGCUGAAUAUUCAAGCGUCCUGUUUUCCAAAUCCGAUUAAAGUUGAACUCACUAUUUCAAUUGAAAAAGGGAAGACACUUUUCCAGAACUGGCAGAAGACCACCAGUAUUCCGCAAAACACUUUUUCCCCUGUAACAGUGUUAACGGUUAACAAAAAAGCCUUGCUCGAGUCUGGGGAUUUUGUAAAAGAAAAUAUCACCAUUUACUGCAAAAUCGGAGUUUUGAAAAGAAAUGUACUGAAGGGAAAAGCAUCAGCAACGGAGAGAUAUAUUCAAAAGACGCCUAUCAUAGAAGACAGUCAGCAAAACUACCAGGGUCUUAUUCAGAUCCUCCAUCAACACAAAGAACUUUUUGAAAAAAUGCCGUUAAGUGAUGUCACUUUUAACAUUCGCGGCCGCAAAUUUCCAGCCCACAAGGCUAUUUUGAUCAUGAGGAGUCCAGUGUUUGCCGCCAUGUUUCUUCAUCCCACGAAAGAGUUGCAAACCGGCGAGGUGGAAGUCGAGGAUAUCGAUCCCGAUGUCUUUCAAGAAGUUCUUCGCUAUUUAUACACCGGACUGACACGGUCGACAAUCAUGGACGUUAUGGCACCGGGACUUUUGGCCGCUGCGGAAAAAUAUUUACUGGAAGAUUUGAAAACUCGUUGUGAAACGCAUCUGAUUCGAAAGAUGUCCGCAAAGAAUUGUCUCGGUUUGCUGACCCUCACCACCCACCAUCCAGCGGAGCACCUGAAGAAAUUUGCCCUCCAGUACUUCCGUCGUAUCCGGGUGAGGUCAUGGACUCAAACGACUGGAAGAAGCUGA